UCUAAACCUAGAGGAAGCAGACGCAGCGAGGCUGCAGCUGUGGCUGGGGCUGUGGCAGGGGCGUGGCACGCAGGAUGGCACCGCAGCUUGGCCCGCACGAACUGCAGCACAUCUUCUCCUUCCUGGAGGCCCGCGACCUGUUGCGCGCUGCGCAGGUGAACAAGGUCUGGAAUGAGGUUUCAAUGAGCACGGAACUGUGGAGGCAGCUGUGUCUGAGGCGAUGGGCCUCCUGCAAGGCCUUCCCAGUGGUCCUGGGCACGCAGACAUGGAGGCAGUACUAUUUCUGCCGGUCUGAGCUCGAGUUCCAUGUGGAAUCUGGGCGGCCACAGGACUACAUCUGCAAAGCUAUUUCUGGGCACACAGGAACGAUAGAUCAGCUGGCCUAUGUCUCGCCCCACGAGUACCGCUUUGAUGAAAGGGCGAGGUCCGUGGUUUGCACUGUGUCUUCAGACUGUACCGUGCGUGCCUGGGAUCUGCAGGAGGGCACGGAGAUCUGGUCGAGUCCUGAGCAGCCUGCUCCUCUGGUGAACUUGGUGGCCUAUCCUCAGCUGCAGCUGGUUGUCACUGUAGACACACAGGGCUUGAUCAAGGCGUGGAAGGCAGAGACGGGGUCUGAGUGGGCCUCUUUCAGUUUGCCAACCUCCUGUUCGUCAAUGGAGACCUGUGACCACCCAGAGGGCCCCUUCCUGCUGGUAGCCUGUGAUGAAGGAACCCUCUACACUAUGACAGUACCUCAACUGCAGGUGGUCUCCAGAGUGGCCACGUUUCCUCACACCCCUGUGAGCCUCACCUGCUCACCUGACACACAGUGGGUAUAUGUGUCCGCACAAGACUCAGACUCAGGCCCAAAGGUGUUCUACACUCAGCCCUUGGCACACCCAUCAGAAGACAGACUUCCUGUCUCCACGACCCUCCCCAUCAGGCUGAGCGCCAGCGCCUGCUGGGCUCCAGACGAGGCAGCCAGGUUGAUGGUGUUACACAGAGAUGGUGUGCAUCUGGUUAUCACUACCUUCGAGUUAAAGGCCAACAAGUCCAGGGACAGAGUGAGCAUCCUGGCACAACAGCUGGCCAACUUCCCCCUGCCGGACAGUGUGACUCCUCACCUCAUGCAGGCCCACGGCUCGCAAACGAUCCUGCUCGCCUCCAGUUCAGAGCUGGUGCUGUUCACCAUACACGGCCUGCAGCUGAUGGCCUUCCAGGACCACCAGCAGUCCAUCACAUCUAUGUGGGUGGAUGCUGACCGUGUCAUCACUGCUGCCUUGGACCUGUCCCUGCGUGUCUAUGUGUGGAAUAAAAAGAACACAUCUCCUGUUCUCCAGAGCUGUUACCAUUUGCUCGGAGGAUCUCACAGAUGGGCCAGUGGAUUCACCCACGUGAAGAGCGACAGCAGGAGCAUUGCUGGGGUGGAAGCCAGAAGCACUGGGACAAGUAUUCUGAGGUCAUAUUGCUACAAAGUCAAGCUUGGUUAGGCACCACCAGUUGAAGAUGUUCUUGUGUGGUGUGCAUGCAAAAUCCUUACCAAAGAUGUUGUCAGCUUUGGAAAAGGAACUAGCAAGAUGCCAGCUAUCUUCUCACAGAGAGCCAGUGAAGUGGUUUCUAUCAUCUUAUGUUUCACUGUCCCACUCAGAAAGAGCGGAGAAUAAGUACCAUCUUCAGCCCGUUUUCCAGGUGGUGCUGAUCACAGACAGAGUGGACUGGUUGUGGUAGUGGUAAAUUAACGGCCUGCUUUUUUGCAGUGUCCAGAUGGCAACAGAGUUGUUUUUGUUAUCAAGAAUUAAUUAAAAUAUUUUUAUCUGCC